UCGCAUCUUUACCAUCACGGAAGAAGAAGAAUUUCCCUCCAAAAUCAUUGAAUUUUGCGUUUGUUUAGAUUUGUUUAUAACUGAAUGUCUAAGUAAACUCGAUGAACACCAUUCUGAACAACUUCCAACGCGCUGAGAAAAUCGGCGAGGGCACCUACGGCAUUGUGUACAAGGCGCGGAGCAACGCCACCGGCCAGGAUGUGGCGCUCAAGAAGAUCCGCCUGGAAGGGGAGACGGAGGGCGUACCCUCGACCGCCAUUCGGGAGAUCUCAUUGCUGAAAAACCUCAAGCACAAGAAUGUGGUGCAGCUGUUCGACGUGGUCAUCUCGGGGAACAAUCUGUACAUGAUAUUCGAGUACCUUAACAUGGACCUUAAGAAACUGAUGGACAAGAAGAAGGAUGUGUUUACGCCGCAACUUAUUAAAAGCUACAUGUAUCAGAUCUUCGACGCCCUAGGAUUUUGCCACACGAACCGCAUUCUACAUCGUGAUCUCAAGCCCCAGAACCUACUCGUAGACACUGAGGGCAAAAUAAAGUUGGCCGACUUCGGCCUGGCACGCGCCUUUAAUAUGCCCAUGCGAGCAUAUACCCAUGAAGUGGUUACCCUUUGGUACCGUGCUCCGGAAAUUCUCUUGGGCACCAAAUUCUACUCCACCGGAGUGGACAUCUGGAGUCUAGGUUGCAUAUUUGCUGAAAUGAUCAUGCGCCGCUCCCUCUUUCCCGGGGACAGUGAAAUUGACCAGUUGUACAGAAUAUUCCGCACUUUAAGCACUCCUGACGAAACCAAGUGGCCGGGAGUGACACAGUUGCCAGACUUUAAGGCCAAGUUUCCAAAGUGGGAGGCGAAUAUGCCGCAGACCAUCACCGAGCACGAAGCCAACGAUCUGAUAAUGUCCAUGCUGUGCUACGAUCCCAACCUGCGCAUCUCGGCCAAGGACGCCCUGCUGCACACCUACUUCAAGGAUGUGCAGCACGUUGAUCAUGUGGCCCUGCCUGUAGACCCCAAUGCUGGCAGUGCCUCCCGCCUCACAAGGCUCGUUUGAUCGUGCCACCCCCAGACCAGAUCUAGCAAACUACUUGUGAUCUUUAGUAUACUGCCAGCUCCAUUUCAUUUCACCAUCACUCGCACAUAACUAUCAACAUCCGAACAAAUACACGAUCAUCCAGUA